AUGUCGAAUUCAUACCAAGCCAUCAAGAUCACCACACGAUCCACAUCUGUCCGUGCCAACGUCGGCGUCUCUAGAACCAUCGAUGCGGGAGGAUCGUCACUUGGGGUGUGCUAUUAUGGCGAGGGCGACGACUAUUCGGGAUGUACGGAGGUAUCAACAGAUAACAAAGGAUGCCUUGUCUCCGGGAGGACAUCAACAGUGACAAAACGCGUGCCCAAGGGAUACGUCAACAGACAGAUCGAGAUCCACGCCAACAAGGACGCUCUCUGCCUCGACUAUGUCGGAUUCUCGUAUGGAUCCGGAGACAUGCACCCCGGGAGCGCCAAGAUUGCAGUGACUGGAGAUAUGACAUUCGAAUGUGGACACCCCUGGGCGUACAGUGGUCGGGACACGAAUGGGUUCCAGCACAAGUGUCUGUCCAUCGGCAACGUCGAGAACCUAAACUAUACCAACACAUAUAGCUUCAGAGUCGAGGAACUAUGGUUGUCGACCGAGGCCCUUCGUCAGACGGAUGACUUGAAGAGCGUGCCGAAUACGGUCCGGUAUGCGUGUAAUUACAUGUAUAGCUGGAGACGUCAGGACCUGCCAAAGACGAACCCUGACUGUGGACAGUAUGAUAACAGGUUUGGCCAGGGGGCGGAUGGGCCGGGGAGGAAGAAGUAUAUUUCGGAGGAGGUGCAUCUGGCGAACCUGCGUGUCAACCCCAACUAUGUUGGAAACCCCGUUGUCAAUGGUACUGUUGAGAUCGACACCAACUAUGUGUAA